ACAUAUGGGGUGUUUCUAGUUGUUCUGGGUUACACAUCAUUCUGUGAUGACACUCCAAGAACAUACCCUGUUGAGCACAUGCGUGUUUCUGUAGUGUGAUUUAAGGAAUUGAGCUUGCUAGUUUGUCCCCAUGUAUAGCCAGCAGUUUAUGUUUGGUGCACUUUGAACAUAUGCUGUUAGGUGCUAGCCACUUAUUUAAGAUAACUUUCCUAAAUAAAAGUAUUUUCCUGAUAAUUGAUUGCUUUUGCAGGGAAGUAUCUGUAUCCUGCUAUAGAAUACAGUUAUAAUUCACUGUGUUUUCAAUUUUCAUAAAAUACACUGCUUCUACAUAAUCAGUGUGGGGAGAGGAAGGUAUUUUUAAAAGUUUCGAAGUGUUUUUUGGCCACUUUUUAAAAAACAUUAAGGCUUACUUUAAUGUGCAAAUAAAAAAUAUUUCUGUUUUAACAUCAGAUGUAGAAAAUACAGAGGUCCUGGAUCACUCUUGAUCACUACCUCUGAGUAAUAGUCAGGAUUUGCGUUUUCAGAACGUUUGUAAAUGCAGGGAGCGUAAAGAUCCAGGAAGCGAUCUGCCUUGUUUAAUGGAGGAAAGAGGUCCAAAUGGGUUAAGGUUAUUUGAGGUUAAGGAAAGUGCCCAAGAACACAGACUCUGUGGGAUCAAGGAGAUGAUGGAGCUGGAUGGGAAGUUAAGGUUUUUCUACUUCAAGGUUCUCAGAGGGUAGCUGCCCGGGACCACCACUUAAGGUAAGUAAGCAUUUGAGUAAGACUUCAACGAAGAGUUCCUUAACUUUACAGAGUUUGAAAAACACCGCUUCUAACUGAAUUUUCACAUUUAUCAAGCGAGGCAAUGGGAAAACUAGGAGGGUAAGAGGCGUGCUCAAGUGACCAGUUUGUGUCAGGGCCCCACAGUCUGGGUCUUUUUCCUUCUCUUUGGUUAACACUUGUUUAGCAUUCACUAGUUGGUGGCCAUUGUUAUCUAAAUGCAUUAGAGGUUAUAUAGUCACAACACUUGAGGAGAUGGGUGUUCUUUUGAUCCUUGUUUUACAAAGGAAUCUAACCUCAGAGGACAGGAACUACCCAGGGCCUGAAGGCAGCGUCCCCCUGGAUUCUGAUCUAAGUUUUGUCUGAGCCCAAAGCCCCUUACUCGGUACCACUGCACUCCCUGCCUCCCCCGAGGGUCAGCUGCAAGGGAGCUUCCUGGCUUUGAUGGGCAACACUGUAUCCCGCUCUACAGAACCAGGUCCCAGUUUUGUUCCUAUGAAGAAGCCAUACAAACACUGCUCCCAGGGCUCUUUCACAGGCCUGUCAGAGCAGGGAGAGUGGCGAGAAAUCAGUCAAGGUGACUCAAGGGCUUCAAGGGAGGAGAAACCCCAGAUCCUGGACUGCUUUCAUGAAGGUUGUUUGGGUUUCCCGAAACACUGCCCUCUCCUUUUUUUUUUUUUUUUAAACCUAUUUCAAUGUGUGUUUGAAAAAAACCGCAUUGUCUAAUUUAGAGACUGUUGAAAGGGUUGCCAGGGUUGACCUGGUUCUGCUUCCAGUCUCGGGUUCUUGACCAGCAGUGAGUGCUUUCCCUAAGGUCUGUGGAGGGCAGCGCUGCAGCACGUCUUCCCACCACCACUGUUUCAGUCAGACCCUAUCUCUUCUCCACCUCCAACCCUUCCAAUCUGUCCUCCACACUUUAAAUGUUAAUUCCAAUCAGAUGACAUCAUUCUCAUGUUUAUAUCCUUUCUUAGUUCCCUAUCACCUCCAGGACAAAGCCUGAACCCUUUGACCCAUAAUAGGCCCUGGCCCCAGCUUCAUCCCUUUGACCCAUCAUUCCCCAUCCCAAACCCUUCCAGCUUAUUUAUUGAGUUCCUUGUGUCUGUCUGAACUGACUUGAAUAUUCUUGACUCCAUCUUUUGCAUAAACUAUUUCCUGCAAGAACUGUCCUUUCCCACCUCCUCCACAAAAGUGCCUUCCCUCCAGGAAGUGUUUCUCCCAGGCUUUAUAUUCCUCGGGCACCCUGGUCACAGCUUGCUGACCACUGGCUAGUUUGUAUAUCUACGUUCCUAAACAGUAAGCUACCUGAGAGCAGGAGCUUGUCCUGUUUGUUUUACCUUCCCUAUAUCCACAGUACAAUGUCUUGUAUAUACUGUAAUAGAUGUAAUAGCAUUUGAUGCAGGAACAAACCAGUAAAUGCUACUUUUCUUCCUCAUUUGAACAUGAUGUUGCAUUUGGACCUAGGCUAUAACUACACUAACACUGGACAAGCAUGAAUUUCAGCAAUUGUCUCUACGAUAUCGGGGAACAUCUGGACAGUGAUGAGCUGGCCUCCCUCAAGUUCCUGAGCCAGGACUACAUCCCACAAAGGAAACAGGAACCCAUCAAGGAUGCCUUAAUGUUAUUCCAGAGACUGCAGGAAAAGAGAAUGUUGGAAGAAAGCAACUUGUCCUUUUUGAAGGAGCUGCUAUUCCGAAUUAAUAGACUGGAUCUGCUGGUCAAACACCUGGGCACCAGCAAGGAAGAGAUGACUAAGGAGCUUCAGACACCAGGCAGGGCUCAGAUCUCUGCUUACAGGGUCAUGCUUUUUCAGAUUUCAGAAGAUGUAACCAAAGUGGAAUGGAAGGCCUUUAAGUUUCUUUUGAGCCAGGAGAUUUCCAAAUGUAAACUGGAUGAUGACAUGACGUUGCUCGAUAUUUUCAUAGAGAUGGAGAAGAGGGUCAUGCUUGGGGAAAGAAACUUGGAUACUCUGAAAAAAAUAUGUGCCCAAGUCAACAAGAGCCUGCUGAAGAAAAUCAAUGAUUAUGAAGAAUUAAGCAGAGAGGUGUCUCAAUUGUAUGAUGGGGAGAAGUCUCUUGGGAUGCUGUCAGUGUCGGACUCCCCGAGCCAACAAUACUGUGAAUCCCGAGAACAGGACAGUCAAUCACAAACAUCCGACAAAGUUUACCGAAUGGAAAGCAAGCCUCGGGGGUACUGUGUGAUCUUUAACAAUUAUGACUUUAGCAUAGCACGGAAGAACGUGCCCAAACUUCACAGCAUGAAGAAUAGAAAUGGAACAGACUUGGAUGCGGUGGCUUUGAACAACACCUUUAGUGAGCUUCAUUUUGAAGUAAUGGUUUACAAAGACUCAACAGCAGGGAAAAUCUGUGAAAUUCUGAAAUCCUACCAAAGCAUGGACCACCGUAACAAGGAUUGCUUCAUGUGCUGCAUCCUCUCCCAUGGAGAUAAGGGCAUCAUCUAUGGCUGUGAUGGGCAGGAAGCCCCCAUCUAUGAGCUGACCUCUUACUUCACUGGUUCGAAUUGCCCUUCCCUUGUAGGCAAACCCAAAAUCUUUUUUAUUCAGGCUUGUCAAGGGGAUAACUACCAGAAAGGUAUAGCUGUUGAUACUGACUCAGAACAGAAGGAAGCCGAUUUAGAAACAGACUCAUUACUUCAGAAGACGUAUAUCCCAAAUGAGGCUGACUUUCUGCUGGGGAUGGCUACUGUGAACAACUGUGUUUCCUACCGAAGCCCCAUGGAGGGGACCUGGUAUAUUCAGUCACUUUGCCAGAGCCUGAGAGAAAGAUGUCCUAGAGGUGAAGAUAUUCUCACCAUCCUCACUGAAGUGAACUAUGAAGUGAGCAAUAAGGAUGACAAGAAAAAUAUGGGGAAGCAGAUGCCACAACCUACUUUCACUCUAAGAAAAAAACUCUUCUUCCCUCUUAAUUGAUGCAUAACACUAUGCACUAUAACAAUUAUGCACUAAUUGUUAAUAAGAUGCUGCUAUUCCCCACUUUCUGUUUUUUUUUUUUUUUUUUGGAUGACAGGAAGGGGAGAGAAUGGGAGCCAAAGGACAUCUCUUUAGUUUUUAGGCAAAUUCAAGCUUAAAUCUCUGGGUUUGUAAUAAUAGCUAGACAUUUAUAGCCAUUUUAUUUGUAAUAAAAUGGGGUGAUUUUCAUUGUAUUUUUAAUGUGAUAAAAAAGUUUUUAAAAACUAUAGUAGGGGGCUGGCCUGGAGGCCCAGGUGGUUGGAGCGCCGUUCUCCUAAUGCUGAGGUUGCUGGUUCGAUUCCCACAUGGGUCAGUGAGCUGCACCCUCUACAGCUAAGAUUGUGAACAACAGCUCUCCCUGGAGCUGGACUACUGUGGGCUAACGUGUGUGGCCGUGAGCAGCCGGCAGCCGGCAAGAGCUGCCACGAGUUGCUGUGAGCAGCCCACCGAGGACUGACCCCCUCAGCCUGGGGAAGCGCAAGGCUCAUAAUACCAGCAUGGGCCAGGGAGCUGUGUCCUACACAACUAGACUAAGAAACAAUGGCUUGAACUGGAGUGGGGGGUGGGGGACAGAAGAAGGGGGAAAACAAAACAAAACUAUAGUAGGUACAAAAAGUACAGUAAGUUUAAAAGAAAUGUAACAUUAUGAAGGUUCAAAAACAGUGGCACAAUGUUCUUCACACAUCUCUCAUCUGCUUUUAACCCAUAAUCACUUAAUUUAAUUCCCUUCCAAUUGUUCAGCAUUUACUUUCUUUUUUUUGUACGUCUACUCCCUCUCUUUCCAGGCCACCUUCCAUGCUACUCUGCAAUGAAAACUUUUUCUUUUUAUUCUUCUAAAUUCAAAGUGAGAGUGAGUAUUUUGAGGGGAAUUAAUGGCAAUGUGUCAUUUACUGUAAUAAAUUAUUUUGAUUUAAACAUUCCCUGUAUUGUUGAUCACACCUCAUAGUAAUUAAAUUGACGUAAGAUAAAUUAACAGGAGAAAAACAAAUUUAAUUAUUU